AGCUGGCAACAUAAAGAUGACGUCAUCUGUCAAACAGGUUGAAAUUAAUCGCGACGCUAAUAACGUCUUUAUAUCAAACUGCAGUUAUCAGAUAUCAUUCUAACGCAACAGAAUUGGGUGUUUCGUAUUGUGCUGAAAACAUUGUUUAUUUAAAGUUUUUAAUUUUACGUAUCAUAUAAUAACAUACAACUGCAUCUCUAAGUUUUUUAGUUAUUCAUGUCUUACUGAUUCCCGACUUAGACUCAUCUUCUUUUAAAUUUUCAUCACAAUCACAGUAUAAUAAUGGACUCUCUCGUCGAAAUACCGGUCGCUGAAUGGCCUCGGCUCCGAGACUUGUUUAGCAUUGACUGGCCGAAUGGAGCGGCCGCUUAUUGUCUUUUAGACACGAAUAUAAACUCACCGAAAUUAAGUCAAGAUUUUAACUUCAAAGUGUACUGCCCUUUUGGAGAUUUUAAUAAUGGAAUGGUCGCGACAACCCUACAGGGCAAUGACCUUCAAGUUAUAAUAAGACCUUUGAAAGAUGUUAUAAAAAUAGAAGAAGCGUUAUUAUCAACAAAUCUUAUAGAUUGGAGCAAAACUAUUAUGUCUCCGUUUGCAAGUCCAGAAGUAACAGCAAGUCUUGUAAAGAUAUCAAAAAAACUAAACGUCAAAGUAUACUACGAACAUAAUAAAGCUAUUACAUUUCUUUUGAAUAAAACGCGCAUCCCAUUUGAUAUAAGUUUACCAGAAAAUACUUACAUAGCGCCUCUUAAAGCUGAACAUAUUGAUAUACUUAACAAAACAUGGACGUAUUCGAGCGAUCAUUCGAAAGAUUUCUUUGAAAUACUAAUGAAUAAUGAUUAUACGUAUGUUUUAUACUCGUUAGAAAAUAAAGAACCAAUGGCUUGGGUUACUGUCAACGAAGCAGGUGCACUAUCUCAUCUGUUUUGUUUAGAACCCUACAGAAGGAAAGGUUACGGUGAGUUGAUAACUAAAUACGCUUGCAACGAUAUUAUGAAGAAAGGACGCGAUGUGAUAGCAUACACUGUUGAAAAUAAUAAUAACUCGCAAAAGUUACUCUUGAAAUUGGGAUUCGAAAAUAUCGGAUACGAUUAUUGGGUCAUUAUUGUAAAGGAAUAAAAUUAUCAGCAAUAAA